AUGGCAACCACCACAUGUUCCAACGGCACCAAGGCUCGUUUUGAGGGAAAGAAUGUUCUCCUCACGGGUGCUUCCAGUGGACUGGGCCGAUCCUUGGCACUGCAACUGGCAUCCUGUGGUGUCCAAACACUCCUCUUGUCCGCCCGGAAACAGGCCGAAUUGGAAAAGGUCAAGGCACAAUGCGAAACAUUGGCAUCCGAAUCAUUGGACGUCCAAAUAGUGCUCGCGGACCUAUCCGAUAAGGAAUCUGUCGCCAAAUUGGCAGAAUCAGCACGGACCGCCAACAUUGAUGUACUUGUCAACAAUGGAGGUGUUUCCAGUCGCUCCGAUUUCGUUGAUACAUCGAUCGAAGUGGACGAAACAGUCAUGCAAAUCAAUUUUUUAUCGGGAGCGGCAUUGGCCAAGGCUGUCGUUCCAGGAAUGAUUCAAAAAGGCCAAGGUGCCAUUAUUUGGAUCAGCAGUGUACAAGGGUUGUUGGCCAUUCCCAGUAGAACGUCGUAUUGUGCUUCCAAACAUGCCGUUCAAGGCUACUGUGAAUCCAUGAGAGCAGAACUGGCAUCGACUGGUGUAACGGUGCAUGUCGCGUCUCCGGGAUACAUUCGAACCAAUCUCAGCCUGUCAGCCGUGACGGGGGAUGGAAAGGCGUACGGAAAAGUAGACCCAACAACGGCUGCGGGGGCAGAUCCAGAUGAAGUCGCUGUGACAAUACUGGACGCUGUCACAAAGGGCAGUGCGGAUUUUACAGUCGCUUCGGGAUUCUCCGCCACAGUAGCAAUCUAUCUUCGAACACUGUGCCCUGCCGUGUUGCGAUCCCUGUUGAAUAAACGAUACGAAAAGUCAAAGAAAAAGGAUGACUAG